GAGUCGCGGCGAAACUAUCGCACAAGGCACCGUUGGUCGCGUCUUCCGCACGCCACAACGUCCGUCGCGCCCAAACCGCAAACACCGCCGUUGUCGAUAGUUCGUCGCCAUCGUCGUGUCGUCUCCGCGGAUUUCGUGUGUUUGAUCGCGUGAUAAACACCAAGAUAGAAAUAUUGAAGAGACACGCGUAUUUUCUCGAAACGGCGCCCGUUUUUGAACAGAACGAAUUUCACGCGAUCGGCUGUACAACCAUACGACACAUUACAUAAAAACGCAUACGGUGCCUAAUUAGUAUUGUACUUCGUUGUCGAGUGCAGACACGUUGUCGUCGUUUUCAUCUCGCGUAUUGUAAAAUAUCCUUCACGGGAUUAUUUAUUUUUAAUUUUUUUUUUGUCGUCCCAAAAUCUACUGGCUCUCGAGUAUUUUUUCGCUACUGUCGCCGCCCACCCGAAAAUGGAUGGCACCGCUUUUCGCGCCGUCGUCCUGUUGAUGGUAGCGGUAUUCAAGACACACGAGGUUUCUACUCAAGAUUACGAUGUGUCUGAAAUACAGUGUUCGUUUUCGACGGACUCGCUGAGGGUGGGCAAAGCACUUUUGGGAGUCAAAGAUGUGAUAUCCGCCCGGCUAAAGAAACCCGACGGGUUCAAGGGCCACCCGCUGUUUGCCGACGACCGGACCGUCGAUCCAUUGAUCGAUCCAGUCUGUCAGAUACGACCCGACUUGUCGGAUGUGUCGUUGCUGACCUACAACCUGUUAGUCACCGACUUUACGCGGUGCGGCGUGCUUAGGCGAAAUGGUUUUGUACACGUCCGAGUGUGGUUUCCGCAGUUUCCCGGCGUCGUCAUGAUGUCUGACCAAGAGCUGAUCAUAAUGUGCAAACCACCAGAACCAACUGUGAUCGAGAACAAAGCCGCCGGUUUCGCCGGAAGUUUCCCACAUGGUGCGCGAGUGUCUGGAGUUGUUGAAGAGACUCCCGGGAGACUCGAAUACGAGGUAGCGUUAUACAAGGAAGCGCCAGCCCGAUUGACGAACUUGAGCCACAACAGCGAACUGCCCGUCGACCAGGCCGUGCCCAUCGGUACCAAACUUCAACUCCGGGCCAGAAUCAAUCCGCAUUCAGCUUGGAAGUUCGUCAAGUUGAUGGAAGUGUCUGUGUCCCCAGAUCCGGACAACGCACACGUAUCUGGCAGUGUGGCUUUGGUAAAAGACGGAUGCCGGAAUCGAGAUUUCGCGACAAUCAUCCCACACCAGCCAGCCAAAUAUCGGGAAAGACACAACGAAGUGUUUUUGGACUUCGAGGCGUUCCUGUUGAGCACUAUGAAAGAACGAUCGACAUUAUGGAUUCACUCGCAGAUUAAAGCGUGCAUGGACGCCAACGACUGUCAGCCGGAAUAUUGUUUGGACUUGUUCGAGCCGUCUGGACACGGACGCAGGCGCAGGAGGCACGUGCCGGGCACCGGGAAUGGGACCGCGCUACAGCAACAGCAGACGUCCGCUGUAGACGACCGGAACUCGACUAAUUUCGCCAAGUUUAAGGAGAACAUCGAGUACACAGUGAUAAUGCCCGAGGACAUCUACCACGGUGCCGCAGCCGCGUCUGAAAACAAUUGCGGGACGUUCCUUGCCCUGUCCGGUGUCCUGGGUUGUCUCCUGUUCGUCGCCGCUAUGAUAUUGUGCUACCUGACGUCCCGGCUGCAGGCGGCCAUCGGGUCUAAGUACAGGACGGCGCAACAGGACGCGUUCGGCAGUGGCCGGCUCCAUACCGGCACCGGUCAACCGUCAAAGUUUCCGGUGUCCUACGCGUCCGGUUCGUCGGUGUAUUCGGGUCGGCUGCACUGACGUUCGCCGUCCAAUCAUAUUCGAUUAUAUUUUAAAUCUUUGUACAUAGUUUGUUUUUCUCCAUUAUGACAGAACCUCUUAUACAUAUUAUAGACGCUUGAUUCAUGAUUCAAUUCGUACACGAUCGUUUUUAAAUUUUAGAUUUUGUUUUUUUAAUUUUUUUUUUACUUUUACAUAACACUUUUCAUACUGGUAUUUAAGUGAUCAAGAUACGGCUGCAGGACGAUUUUAACAGUGAACAUUCGCAUAUUGUCUCGGUACAUUGUUUUUUGAAAAAGUAGAUUGAAUAUUUUUUAUGAUUUUUUUUAUGGCGGUGGUUCUCAAAUAUUUUUUUUUUUAUAUAAAACAUGUAUUUUAAAGUUUAUAUAAAAAUGUCAAAAAAUAAUUAUAUUUUACUAACGAAAGUUCAGAAGAGAGAUGAGUAAUUAAUUUAAUUUUUUUUCUCCAAAAAUUGAUUGAGAUAAUGAGUGUUUGUUGUUAAAAAAAUCACCCUGUUUAUAAAUUAUGUUUAAUUUAUGUAUAUUUAAGCCACGACUGGAAUUACAUGAAAUCACCGGUUGAAGUUUUGACAUUUUAAAGAUUUUUAAAUCGCAUUUUCGGCACAAUUUUUUCAUCAAAAUUCAAUAACCAUAAUGAAAUCACGUUGUUUGAAGACACGAAAAUGGUCUAUAUUAUUAUGUCGGUCUUUAUAAGUUUUACGACGUUUUCUUCAACUUUAGUUCACAACACAUUGGCAUUAAGUUAUCUGUUCGUUUUAUAUAUUUUACCCUCGUUAGACGUGUCACCACUGUACCUAACCGCGUAAAAGAGUAACCACGACGAGUUGAAUUGAAUCGUGAUUUAAACGAUACUAUUGCGUGCAUUUUGGUCAACCGACGCACAGUAUGAUAAUAUUAUAUUUAUAUUAUGAUAUAAUAUAGUACAGAGAUGAUAUUGUGGUCGUUGUUUAGCAUAAUAUUAAGUUCUGGUCAAUUAAGCUCGAUAUUAUAUAAUUUAAUUAUUAAAAUAAUUUUAUCGUUCGAUGAUAUAUGAUUACAUUAUUUAUAUAUGUUAUCGUUUGGACGCAUAUCACCGUUCUUCUACUUAUUAUUACACUUAAGCGUAUCUUAUCAAUUAUUUAUAUGGAAUUUUAUAUAGACUAGCAAAAUAUAAUAUUAUUGAUGGUAUACGUGUUCAUUUUAUACAUCUGUAUUUUUUUUUUUUUAAUAUUACUAUUAUUUUGUACUCGGACGCGCGAUAUCAUUAAAUAUUGUAUAAUAAAAUUUGUAGGAAAUUCAUGAGCAUUAUUUUCGAUAUUAAUAUGAUAACAUUAUUAUAAUUUGAUAUAUAAGUAUAGUAUUACAUAGCGUACAUUUAAAACAUUAUGUAUGUAUACAUGUGUAUUUAUAAUAUUAUUACUAUUAGAAUAAAUGAAUAUGUUUAACUCUGA